AUGAACUUUGCAUCAUCCAUGAAACAACUCACACAGGAGAAUGGACAUACAAGAGAGAAGCCAUACAAGUGUGGACCAUGUGGUGCUGCUUUUUUAAGAAAAAAUUGUAUAGAGCGCCACAUGAGAGUUCACACGGGAGAGAAGCCAUACAAGUGUGAUAUUUGUGAUGCUGCUUUUUCUCGCAGAUCAACUUUGCAAAUCCACAUAAGAAUUCACACAGGAGAGAAGCCAUACAAGUGUGAAAUAUGUGAUGCUGCGUUUUCUCAAAGACCAAAUUUCAAGAGCCACAUGAAAGUUCACACGGGAGAGAAGCCAUACAAGUGUGAGACAUGUGGUGAUGCUUUUUCUCGAAGAUCAACUUUGCAAGCCCACAUAAGAAUUCACACCAUAGAAAAGCCAUACAAAUGUGAACCAUGUGGGGCUGCUUUUUCUCAUGAAUGUAAUUUGGAGAGUCACAUGAUAAUUCACACGGGAGAGAAGCCAUACAAGUGUGAGACAUGUGGUGUAGCUUUCUCUCGAAGAACAACCCACAUGAGAAUUCACACAGGAGAGAAGAAAAACAAGUGUGAUACAUGUGAUGCUGCUUUUUCUAAAAUACCGACUUUGCAGAGCCACAUUAAAAUUCACACAGGAGAGAAGCCUGACAAAUGUGAACCAUGUGGUGCUGCUUUUUCUCAUAAAUGUUAUUUGGAGAGACACAUCAUAAUUCACACAGGAGAGAAGCCAUACAAGUGUGAUAUUUGUGAUGCUGCUUUUUCUCGUAAAUCAACUUUGCAAACCCACAUGAGAAUUCAUACCGGAGAGAAGCAAUUCGAAUGUGAGCCAUGUGGUGCUGUUUUUUCUCGAAAAUCAAGUUUGCAUAGGCACAUGAGAAUUCACACAGAAGAGAAGACAUACAAGUGUUAG